CGCGGAACAGCGAGGCGUGUGGAUCCAAUGAGAUCACGCCGCGUCCAGGGCCCGGUGGCUGCAACGAGCCGGUGACUGCUGUAAGCACUGAUAUCAAGACAACGCUGUGCAGCGUGACUAUAAAACACCGCCGCCGCCGCAUGGGUUUCACUCAAUCGGCAUUAAUUUGACAUUUUACCAGGGAGCAGUGUUUCAAUCUGGGAAGUGCACGAAGAGCUUUUUCUUAUUGUCCACGCUGUCAAAUAAGCUUCACCUGCACCAGUUCUGAUAUAAAAACUUCUAGCACUCAAGGUUACAAUGAGGGAAAAGCUGGCGUUAUUGGCGUUGGUUUGCCUCGCCAUAGCACUCCUUCCUUCUCCAACAGCUUCAGUUGCUGUGAUGUCCGUAGACCUGGGAAGUGAAUGGAUGAAAGUAGCUAUAGUUAAGCCCGGUGUGCCGAUGGAAAUCGCUCUGAACAAGGAGUCCAGAAGGAAAACUCCAGUGGCUGUAUGCUUAAAGGAAAAUGAACGACUUUUUGGAGACGGCGCUAUAGGAGUGUCGGUGAAAAAUCCCAAAGUGGUGUACAGGUAUCUCCAGAGCCUCUUGGGAAAGACUGCAGAUAACCUACAGGUUGAGCAGUAUCAGAAACACUUUCCUGAACACCAGCUACUCCAAGAAGAGAAGAGGGGAACAGUGUAUUUCAAAUACUCUGAGGAGAUGCAGUAUACACCAGAGGAGCUUGUGGGCAUGGUGCUGAACUACUCUCGUGGCCUGGCUGAGGACUUUGCAGAACAACCCAUUAAAGACACGGUUAUCACCGUUCCAGCUUUUUUUAACCAGGCAGAACGUAGGGCAGUCCUGCGGGCUGCUCAGAUUGCAGGUUUGAAGGUCCUUCAGCUUAUUAAUGACAAUACAGCUGUAGCUUUGAACUAUGGACUCUUCAGGAGGAAAGACAUCAACUCAACUGCCCAGAACGUGAUGUUUUAUGACAUGGGAUCAGGCAGUACAACAGCAACUAUAGUCACUUACCAGACAGUAAAAACCAAAGAGACAGGCACACAGCCUCAGCUGCAGAUCCGUGGAGUCGGAUUUGAUAGGACUCUUGGGGGGUUUGAAAUGGAGCUGAGACUAAGGGACCAUCUCGCCAAACUCUUCAAUGAGCAAAAGAAAUCAAAGAAAGAUGUAACGGAGAACGCACGUGCCAUGGCCAAGCUGCUGAAGGAGGCACAAAGACUCAAGACGGUGCUGAGCGCAAAUGCUGAACAUGCAGCUCAGAUUGAGGGGUUGAUGGACGAUAUCGACUUUAAGGCGAAGGUGACCCGUGCCGAGUUUGAGGCUCUGUGUUCUGAUCUGUUUGACCGAGUGGCAGUACCAGUGCAGCAGGCACUUGCUGUUUCUGAGAUGUCUUUGGAUGAGAUUGAACAAGUCAUUCUGGUUGGAGGAGCCACUCGAGUUCCCAAAGUGCAGGAAAUGCUUCUUAAAGCAACAAAAAAAGAUGAGCUGGGAAAGAACAUAAAUGCUGACGAGGCAGCAGCUAUGGGUGCCGUGUACCAGGCCGCAGCUCUGAGUAAAGCAUUUAAGGUCAAACCCUUCCUGAUCCGAGACGCUGCCGUCUUUCCAAUACAGGUGGAAUUUAGCCGUGAAACCGACGAAGAGGAAGGCGCGAAGGGAAUCAAGCACAACAAGCGCAUUCUGUUUCAGAGGAUGGCGCCAUAUCCCCAGCGUAAAGUCAUCACCUUCAACCGUUACACUGAUGACUUCACUUUCAACAUUAACUACGGUGACCUCAGCUUCCUCAACCAAGAGGAUAAGAAGAUGUUCGGCUCUGUGAACCUGACCACGGUGAAGCUGUCUGGAGUAGGAGACAGCUUUAAGAAGCACUCCGACGCCGAGUCCAAAGGCAUCAAGGCGCAUUUCAACAUGGACGAGAGUGGUUUGCUCAUUUUAGACCGGGUUGAGUCUGUGUUCGAAACUGUCGUAGAGGAGAAAGAGGAAGAAUCGACCCUCACUAAACUGGGAAACACGAUUUCCAGCCUGUUUGGAGGUGGCAGCACAGAGCCUACUGCUAAUGUGACAGAACCAGUACAGGAUGAAGAGGAAGUUCCUCCUGAAGCUGGAAAAGACCAGGAAGAGACAGUAGAAAAGACUGAUGAGGCUGCCCAAGAGCAAUCUGAGACGGAGGAGAAAAGCCAGGGAGAGAAAAGCAAAGAAGAGCCUCAGACUGAGGAGAAGAAUUCUGAUGAGGGCUCUGAAAAAGAGGAGCCUCAGGCAGAGAAGGAGGCUGAGACGUCAGAAAAAUCUGAUGACGGAAAAGCAGACGGAGCAAAGGAGGAAGAAAAGGAGGCAGAGAAGAAACCUAAACCCCAGAAAAAGAGCAAAAUCUCAGUAGACAUUGGAGUGGAGCUGGAGGUUAAUGAUGUGCCUAAUCCUAGCCUAGAAGACAUCGAAGACUCCAAAAAGAAGUUGCAGGAUCUGACGGAUCGAGAUCUGGAAAAACAGGAGAGGGAGAAAUCACUAAACAGCCUGGAGGCAUUUGUCUUUGAGACUCAGGAUAAGCUGUACCAGGAUGAGUACCAGGCUGUGGUCACUGAAGAGGAGAAGGAGGCAAUCUCCAGCAAACUUAGUGAGGCUUCAGCAUGGUUGGAUGAUGAGGGCUAUUCAGCAGGAACCAAAGAGCUGAAGGAGAAGCUGACUGAGCUGAAAAAGCUGUGCAAAGCCAUGUUCUUUCGAGUGGAUGAGAGGAAAAAGUGGCCAGACAGACUAGCAGCACUUGAAAACAUGCUCAACCACUCUACCAUAUUCCUGAAGGGUGCUAAAAUGAUUUCAGGAGAUGACCAGAUUUUUACUGAAGUUGAGCUGAAAACUUUGGAGAGAGUCAUAAAUGAGACCACGACUUGGAAAAAUGAAACCGUGGCUGAGCAGGAGAAGCGCUCUCCUACAGAGAAACCUGUACUGCUAUCUAAAGAUAUUGAGGCCAAAAUCUCCCUCUUGGAUCGAGAGGUCACCUACCUGCUCAACAAAGCCAAGUUUGCAAAGCCAAAGCCCAAACCAAAACCUAAAGACAAGAACUCCACCAGCUCUGAUGGUAAAACUAACAGCACAGACUCUGAGAAAGUCAUCCCUUCCAAAGAUGGGGCUGAGGAAGUGAAACCAGCAGAGGAACCUCCCACUGAGGAGAAUAAAAAAGAAGCUGAGACCGAGCAAACACUAGCACUAGAAACAGAAAAAAAAGAAACGACAGGGAACAACGAUGAUUCACAAAACCAUAUAGGAGAUGAAUUAUAACAACUGGAACAUCUCAUUUUUGUGUUGUCGUAUUUAUUGACUAUGAUAAAGGUUCUUUUUUGUUUUGUUUCGUUUUUUUAUACCAUCUGUUCUUCUCACAUCACAAAGAGAAUAUGUCAGAGAAUUUUAGGUAAUGUCAGCAUUUUCCUUCAAUAGUUCUCCGUUUGUUAACUGUGCUCUACUGACACUGAAUACAUUCAACUUGAAAGUCCACGAGAAAACUGCAGUCUGCGUUAAUCCCGUCUGCCUGUUUGGAACGUACACAUUGCAGCAUUUUCCUCAGUCUGUGUGCACUUCUUAUGGGAUUACACAUACAUAGAAUGAGCUCACUCCAUGUUCACGGUGUCCUGAAAUACUUUAACAUGUUAGUGCUGGAUUGAGCAGAAUGUAAAUGCAUUUGAGAAAAGAUACAAGAUGAAUUUGGAUCUGAUUUAAGAAACUUUUCAACACCAGUGUGUCAUCUAAAAUUAACAUUUCAGAUCAUUUGCAUAAACAAAGGAUGGCAAAUAUGUGAAAUAGAAUUCUUUUAAGGCUAUUCCUUUCCUGGGCUUUUCUUAUGCUUCGGUGUAUAUGUAAAGUAAUGCAGAAUUCUGUAUCAGUAGAAUACAAUAACCAAAAAAAAUGUGAACUUUUGCCCUUGUUUAUAUUCAGUUACUGUGUGUGUGGCUCAUGUCACUUCAGUAUUCAGUCUUGCAUUAUACACUGACUAAUUGCUUCAUUAGGAACACCCAUACAUCUGCUCCUGCGUGUAAUUAUCCAACCAGCCGAUCAUGUGGCUGCAGUGCUUAAAAUCUUGUAGAUAUAAGCCAAAAAUUUCAGUUAGGUUCAGUUUCAGUGAGCCUAUACCCACUGUAGCCUCAGUUUACUGUUCUUGGCUCAUCGUAAUGGAACUCCAGUGUCUCCUUGGUUGUUCUAGAUCCUUCUCUGCUAACAAUGGUUUUAAAGAGUUAUUUGGGUUAUCAUAUGCUUCUUGUCAGCUUGGUUCACUCCAGCCAUUUUCCUGCUUAAAAUUUCUGCCUCUCACUGAAUGAACGGUUGGUUAUAAAGUUCUGCAUAGAGAUUUUUUUUUUUUUUUUUUUUUGUGAAAGGCCCAGAUGAAGUAUUCACCCUAGUCCCUGAAAGCAACAAUGCCAUGGUCCAAGCAACUAACUAAGUGAGCUUGAAUUCCCCCGUCCCCACACUUUUGUGUAAUAUGAACAUUAACUGAAGCUCUUGAACUGUACCUUCAUGAUUUUAUACAUUGUGCUGCUGUCACGUGAUUGGCUGAUUUAAUAAUUGCAUGAAUGAGCUAAUAUAUUGGACAGUCAGUUUAAGUUAAAACUACUGAUGAACACGCCAACUUUAGUUGUUGUUUUUUUUUGGACUGCACCCACUCACCCGUAAAACCAGUGAAUCUCCAGGGAUUCAUUUGACUGCACUGACAUUAAAGGAACUUGGGUUUUUUUCCCCCCUUCUUCUUCCCAUGAGAGCCUUUGCUGUUCCAAGAAAGUAAAAGUGCAAAUUCCUCCUUUUCAUCUGUUCCCAUUCUUAUCACCAUUCCAUUGUCUUUAUAUUGCUGGUCUGUGGAGGAAAGAGUAUAUAAUGUCUGGGAAAGGGAUAUUUUGUUUCUAAGCUGUUAAUAAAAUCUUUUUUAAAUCUC